CUAUGUGUGUGUGUAUAUAUUUAUUUAUAUAUGUAUAAAUUGGUGAUAUACAUGCUAACAAUACUUCUACGUUUAUGCCUGUAUUUUGUGAUUUAUUCAAAUCAUUUUGAUCAUUUCAAUUAACCAGACUGCUGGUAGCCUGCAAGGGAAAAUAUAACGCUUUCUUUGUACACCAUUUGAAUUAUUCAUGUGAUAUUACUUAUUAAUGAAUUCAGUUACAUUUGUGCCUCAUUUGAGCAGUUUUGUGGCUCCAUAUUUGGGCAAACGAAGAGUACAGCGGUUUUAGUGUGUUGCAUGUGCAGUCACGUGAGGGAUUAAGGUAUAAUCUGAAAUUGGUUAACUGGUUUACAGCGUGCUGCGUUAUCUUGUCUCGACUUGUGUUUUCUAACGCAAUCAGAGGUUCACUGGUGAAGCCUCACCUGUGACCGUAGUGCAGCUGAUUAAAGGGGAGGCAAACACAUUGUUCUUUCCUUUUUUAUGCUCUAUUCUGAGGUUUUGGGCUACUUCACUUCCAUAACGUGUCUUCUGUCAGACUAGUGGAAAGAAAACAUCCAGGAUAAACGUUUAGGUCUUUGUCUUACUAUGUUUGUCUAUUUGCGUCUGUAGCGGUCUACUGAAUUCACCACAAGUUAAUACAUUAAUACCUCAUUUGCAUAAUUACACAUUUUCAGAAAACUUGUAAUACAAAAAACAAAGAAAAAAAAGUCUUAAUGUAGCUCGGUAAUAAAUUGUGGCAGUAUCAUGUCCACAUCUAUAUUUUUUACCUGGGUGUCUCUUUAACGUAUGAAUGCUGCCCGGUAGACACCCGUCACAGCACGGCUGCUAAUUAAGGCCGCCGAGCAGCCACUCAUUACGCAAUUACUUCAUUGACUGAUAUACGAGCACGUACACGCUGACUUUUGUUGCCAUAACAGCGGCGCGACGCCCCGGUGCUUUGCAGGGAUUUUUUUUCUUCUCCGGGCUUCCUCUCGCGCCCAGCGCCUCCCGGCUGCGCUCGAAUCGCCGCAACGCGCUUUUUCGGACUUGCCUUGUUUAGUCAACAACAACAACAACAACAUCGCCGUCUCCCGCUAAACGGCCGCCGCUGCGCUGUCACACGCAAGCGUGCAAUCUGACGCGAUGGCUCUCGCCGCCUUUCCCAUUCAAGCGUUUGUCGGGAUCCUCCCUUCAGCCAGUCGUGCGUGUGCGCUGGUAAGCGACACAACGGCAUCGUGAGCUUUUUUUCAGAAAACAGAAACAAGCGAUUAACAGAAGCCAAUCAAUAGGUAACUUGAUCCGUGUUGAUUUUUUUUGUUUUCCUGCGGCAAUGUAAAGAUGGCGAGAGUGCUCCACAACUUCUUGUUAUUUCUCAUCCGACUUGCGCUGAAAAUCCGAGUUUCGGGGUACUGGUCCCUGAUCUACGGUUACUGUGCGCUGUGCACCAUCGUGGCCCUGCUGAAACUUUGGUGGAACAUCGUGUUGAGGCCGACGGCAACCUUCCAAUGGUCGAUUCGUGAAACUCCCCCGGCUUGUCUGAAUGACACGUCCUUGGGAACCCACUGUUAUGUUAGGAUCAAGGAGUCUGGCCUCAGGUUCCACUAUGUUGCUGCUGGAGAGAGAGGAAAGCCACUCAUGCUGUUUUUACACGGCUUCCCUGAGUUCUGGUUCUCCUGGCGCUACCAGCUGCGCGAGUUCAAGAGUGAAUACCGCGUGGUGGCCGUCGACAUGCGGGGCUACGGGGAGUCCGACCUGCCGCUUUCCGCCGAAAGUUAUCGCUUCGACAACCUGGUCACCGACGUCAAGGACAUCGUGGAAUACUUGGGAUACAACAGAUGUUGCCUUGUUGGCCACGACUGGGGUGGGACCGUAGCGUGGCUGUUCGCCAUUCACUACCCAGAGAUGGUGACGAAACUCAUCGUCCUGAACAGCCCCCAUCCUUCUGUGUUCACAGAUUACGCUCUGCGUCACCCGAGCCAGCUGCUGAAAUCCAGCCACUUCUUCUUCUUCCAGCUGCCCCGCUUCCCGGAGCUCAUGCUCUCCAUCAACGAUUUCAAGGCUCUGAAGGCCUUGUUCACCAGCCGCAACACGGGGAUCGGAAGGAAAGGCCGAUGGCUCACCGCCGAGGACUUGGAGGCCUAUCUGUAUGCACUCUCACAGCCGGGAGCUCUGACCGGAGCCCUCAACUAUUACAGGAAUGUCUUCAGCUCCCUCCCCCUGGCUCAGAAUCAUGUCAGGUCUCCGGUACUGCUGCUGUGGGGCGAGCGGGACGCCUUCUUGGAGCAGGAAAUGGCCGAGGCAUGCCGCCUGUACAUCCGGAAUCACUUCCGUCUCAACAUCAUUUCUGGGGCCAGUCACUGGCUGCAGCAGGACCAGCCGGAUAUUGUGAACACCCUCAUAUGGACCUUCCUCAAGGAGGGAGAGGGACGCAAAAGCUACAGGAACUAAAUCCACAGCCAGGCCUCCUCCAGCAUCCCCCCCCCCCCCUCCACGCUUGCCACACCCGGAAGCCUGGAAUAUGCCUGCGACAUAGUGAAAAUGCAAUCAUUCUUUAAAUCUCUCACAUUUCAAAUAUUUUUUUAAAAGAAGUCUGCAGUAGAGGAAAGAAUCAAAGCACACUUCACUGGAGAGGACACUGAGCAGCAUGUGUGACACAUAUUCAAGAGGUUUUUUGCACAUGACACCCGCCUUAAAGUUCGUCGGUUACAGCAUUACAAAAUGUGUGGCAAAAUCUCCUUGUGACUUGUGUUGUGUGGUGCCUUUUUAACUUUUCGAGUUGUCGCCGUUGUAAAGAUGUCCUGAGAGACCGGGAUGCGGUGUCGUCCUGCUAUACUUGUGCGCUUGGCCGGGUCGCUCCACUCUUCUUCGGGCACAGACCUUUGGGAGCCGUGACCCUCCCUCUCCCUUUAUCAGGUCGUGUUGUCUGGAGGAGUUUUCUUUUUUGUAUUUUGUGUUUCCUCAGAGAUACUCAAAUGUAGAGAAUGUUGUUACCUUGAUCUUCCUGUAUAGAAAUGUGGUUGACUAUUGUACUCUUUUUGUAUCUAUUCCUACACACUGCAUUUUGAAAUUCACUGAGCUGAGUCUACACCAUUUGAUUUUAUAAAUAAACUAAGUGUCAAUCUGUUGGA